GGAGGGAGUGAGUGAGGAAGAGGAGGGGUGAGGGCAAAUGAAGCUGGGGAAGAUGAAACAGAUUUAGAGUCAGAAAGCAGCCGGUGUUCAAACUCAACAGUUCCUCAGCAGGAGCAAACAGCACCACCUCCUCCACCUCCUCCUCCUCGUCGUCCUCCUUCAUCCUCCAUCCAUCCAUCCAUCCUCCUCCUCCUCUCCAUGCCGGCGGAGGAGGUCUCCUCCUCGGGGCUGCCAUGGCAAAGAUCCGGGUGUCGUACGAGUACUCCGAGGCCGAGGACAAGAGCAUCCGGCUGGGUUUGUUCCUGAUCGCGUGCGGGAUCCUCAGCCUCUUCAUCCUCGGGUUCUGCUGGCUCAGCCCGACCCUGCAGAGUCUGCAGAGCAAGCCGGCGAACUGCACGGUGGUGUCGGUGUUGCGUCCAGAGGAGAUGUUCGAGUGUGUGUUUACGUGCGGUACGGACUGUAAGGGAACGUCCCUUUAUCCCUGCCUUCAGAUCUUCGUGAACAACUCGGAGUCAAACUCAGUCGCUCUGCUGCACUUUGACGAACAACAACUGGUCCUCAACCCGAAGUGUUCGUACGUCCCUCCCUGCGAGAGAGACAACCAGAAGAACAAAGACAGCGUCCUGUGGUGGGAAGAUUACUUCACCAAAGAGGUCAGCAGUCAGUCUUUCACCUGCUUCUUCAACCAGCAGAGGAGACCAGACGACGUGUUGUGGCGCCGCUCCCAUGACACCACCGUCCUGCUGCACUGCGUCCUCUGGCCAAUGGUGUCGCUCCUUCUGGGCACGCUCAUCGUGCUCCUGACGGUCUGUGCGCGCUCUCUGGCUGUCCGAGCGGAGGCCCUCCAGAAGAGGAAAUGCUCCUACGAGGUUUGUCAGGAUCUGUCUCUUCCCUCAGAGCGCCUGGACGCCAAGGCUGAGGAACUCCUGGCGACGAACUCUGACCACGAGCCUGAGCUGUCAUCGCCAACACGGACCCUGCCACUGUUCGCGGUGCCGAUACGACGCCGUGAUCGGGAACAUUAAGACGAAACAAAACGUUGUCUUUCAGGUGAUAAAUUUGAUCCUUUUGGAAAGGGAGACGCUGGUGUGCAGAGUCAAGUAAUUGGCUGAGGACGCCACCGACAACGUACUGCUGUCCAGAGAGACUUUAUGAUCAGAGAUGGAAGCAAGUAUGAAAACAGGAUUAGAGGGAAUCCAACAUGUUGUCUGCAGAGAAACAUUUCCUCUGAUAUAACUCAACAAACUGGAUUACCGGUGACUCUGGAUGAUGGAUCUCCUGAUUACAUUCGGCUGGACUUGUUUUGAAGGGUCAUUAUUACGACAGCAGCAGCGCUGUGAUGGAUGGUACAAAGAAUUAUAUGUCAGGAAACUUAACUUCUCUUAACUGUAGCUCUUCUAUGAAUACACUUUUCUUUCCCUUCAAGUCCCAGUAGCCAUAACUGUAAAUGAACACGCAGCCAAAGUGCAGAAAUCUCUUCAGGCAGUCUCAGCUGCUGGUUUUGAGUGCAAUCACUUAAUGAGGGUUUCUGUCUGGAUAAAAGGAAAGCCUGCUUUCUGGGUACAGCUUCCUAAUGUAGAUGAGUGUUUAACAGUACAACUCAAAGCCUGAGAACGUUUUUAAAAAGCCAAACAGAAAGUUAUUUAUUGAAUCAGAAAGAUAUCUGACAUGCUUCUGUCCGUUUACAUCAUAUCCUCCAACUCUUACCUCUGAAGUCAUCAUCUUCCAGUGUCAGGAUUUUAUCUGUGAUAUCUACCUUCAUUCAACCCUUCCUGUCCCACAGAGUUUACAUUUAUGUCCUUUGUUUCAAAGAUUUUUGAGGAAGUUUAUACAUUUACCAAACCUCUUAUAUUCAUCAUGAAGU